AAAUUUUUUUCAGACUUAAAAGGCAAAAUCUCUUUCUUGCCCCUUUCUCCUUCUCUCUCGUCACGAUCGACGAUAACUUUCCAUUUCUCCUCGUCUCACCGGUCAUUGCCAUAGCCGGUGUUACUCCGUCAUGUCAAUCCUUUGGCUCACUUUUAUUGUCUUGAGAUUACUAGGAUUUAUUUUGUUUAUUUUGUUUAGGAAAGGAAGAUAAGGGUUUGAUUGUUUUUGUUGGUUAAAUUCUAUAGGGUGUAGUAGUCAUGCAUGAUCUCUGAAUGUCUAAGCAGCUUUGUCAAAAGGCAUCACAUUUAUUGUAAGCAUGAAAUUUUACCACAUGAUGACUUCAUUGCUUCUCUUCAGUCGAGAGAAGCUUUGAAACCUUAACAAUUUCCCUUUCCUUUUUCUAUCCAACCAAAAGAAAUGAAAGGCGAUUUGGGGAACUUUGCAGCGGCAGUAAAAUUGGAAGAAAUGAAGAAAUGUUUGUUCAACUCUUGCGUUUGUGGGUCGAACCAGAAAGGGAGAAUAACCAAAGGAGCAGCUGCACGUCAGUGGGAGAAUUUGAAGAAAUCCGAGGGAUUCUUCCAAGAAUGGUAUUGGGCUUUGUUAGGUAAGUAUAGGUUAUGGCUUUGGUAGCUGUGAUUGAAUUUAAAAUGAUAUUUGUCCGGUUAAAUAUGAUCCUAAACUAAAGCUAAUGCAAGAAAUGGGCUUAAUAAAGAAGAAUGAUUAACAUGGAAUUGAAAUUAUGAAUUAGUUCAUGGUUAGCUGUUGUGUCCGAGCCAUAUUUGAUUUGUUAUGUUCAUGAAAUAAACUUGAAGUUCGAAG